AUGGCUAUUAUUAAUUUAUCGGAGAGAGAAUUGUUUGCCGAAAUUGAGGCGGCAUCGGCGGCACUGAAGGUGGGUGAAAAGUUGGCCACGGCGCAUUGCGUCUCCGAGGACUUCCAGAUGAGAAGUGGUAUUGCCGUAAACUUCAAGCUGAAGUACGGAGCCCUCGGAGCCCUGAUGGACCAAAAGGUCCGGGUCGGUGGUGUGGCGGAAUUACCUCGGAGUGACGAGGGAGGUAAAUUGUGUGUAUUUUACCUUGUCACAAAGGUCUUAUUCCACCAUAAGCCGACUCUCCAAUCUCUGGCCGAUUCGUUGAACCAGUUGCGGGAUCGAUUAAUCGAUUUAAGAAUAAAUCGAUUAAUCAUCCCAAAGCUUGGGUGCAAUUUGGAUCGGCUGGAUUGGUAUCAGGUGCGUGGUCUGCUUUCAGUCACGUUCAGCCAAGAGAUGUAUAUCACAGUAUGCGAUCCCGAAUACCCUGAAAUACGAACACAUAGAGUGGCGCCUCUGCGGGUGGAAAGCCGGGUAUUUUGUGCCACCAACAAUGCCCCAGAUACCAGGGAAUUACUUAUACUACCAGGUAUACUACCUGUUGAUAUUAGCAGCGCCAGUACAAAUUCGACGUUGGACAGAUGUUUAACACAUUUUGACUUGAAGAAAGAGUAA